AUGAGAGUACUUUGUCACGUCUCGUGCGGAAAAAUUGAACGGCCGCGCAGCGUUCAUGGUGCUUUUGAUUCGCUCGCGUUGCCGUCUUUUGCUGCAUCUCAGAUGGGCCAGAGUCUCUCAGCGAACUCGACAGAAGUUGAGUUGAACAGCAGCGACCUCACCAGGCAGCCCCCCCUGGCGGGCCUCGACGGCCGGAACGCCACCGCGCCGGAGGGCGGCAGGGCCGAGAAGCCGAGAAUCGUCCUCGGGGACAUGUACCGGCGCGACGGUGCGCACGCGAGAAGGAGGGGUGCAGACUCCCUCGCGGAGUUCGAAGCCGACGUCGAGAUCCUGAACCGGCGCCUGGCCAACGCCAGCAGUGGCUUCGAUUGGAGCCCACAGGUGCUCACAGCCAUCAAUGUCGCGGUGCUCCUGAUGAUUGUCGGUGGCGUGAUCGGCGGGGCGGCCGCUUUCCUCGCCUCGAGGGAGGCCCCGCAGGCCCCGACCCAGCAGCACGAGCGGAUGACCGAGAGUCUGUUCCUGCAGCAGUCCUUCGAGCGCAGGAGCCCGCCCGAGGACGAGGCGCCGGCCUUCGUCGAGCGCAGGGGCGGCAACGACGCGUGCUGCUGA